AUGAACAGCAAGUUGGAAUUCACAACUACUAAUCGAAAUGCACUUGUACUUAACUAUCAAGGUUAUCAAUGUACAAUUAAAAGGCAAUAUAAAGAUAAGAACGAAUGGCGGUGCCGACAAAGACCAUGUACAACUUCGUUAUCAUUAUGUCGUGCUAACAUAUCUAUGACUCGCGAACCUAGUCAUCAUACCUGUAUACAAUCUUCGCCAAAAAAGCUCGUUCUUGAGGAAGUAAUAUCUCGUAUGAAGAAAAGAGCAGGUGAAGAAACUUUACCAAUCCCCCAAAUAUACUCACAAGAAAUAAUAAAAGUUCAUGUCAAUAAUCCUGAUAUGAACACUGGUACAUUUUUCCAAUGUUGGAUAGCAUUGAUUCAAGUUUAUAUCGUAAACGUGCUCAAAAUUAUCCGAAAAUACCGACAACUAUAA